ACACGCCCCAAGCAGGAAGUGCAGAGUAGAACCGCAAAAACUGUUAGCCGCUAAUGGAAGAGAUGUUGUUUUGAACGUGGCUUCAAUCGGAAACGGAUUUAUUCUUCAUUUAGUCAUCCGAUGUCUGAAAGCAUCUGUUUAGGAGACUGUCACCCGUUCCUUGUGCCAAAGACGCUUAAAUAGCGGCAUCAUGGAGCACAUCCGCACACCAAAGGUAGAACAGGUGAAGCUGCUGGAUCGCUUUAGCAACAAGUCCACCACUGGAACCCUGCAUCUGACAGCCACACAUCUGAUCUUUGCGGAGAGUAACGGAGCCAGUGCUCAAGAGAUAUGGAUUCUGCAUCACCACAUCGCCUCUGUGGAAAAGCUGUCCCUCACGGCAAGCGGCUGUCCGCUCCUCAUUCAAUGUCGCAAUUUCCGGGUUGUCCACUUCGUCAUUCCCCGAGAACGUGACUGCCAUGAUAUCUACAGCUCUCUGUUUAGGCUGCUGAGACCAGUGUCAUAUGAUGAGCUGUACGCGUUCUCCUACAACCCAAAGCAGAAUGACCAACAGAGAGAGGAGGGGUGGCAGCUUAUAGACCUCGGGCCUGAGUUUGAACGAAUGGGAGUGCCAUGUGACCAGUGGCAACUGACAGACGUUAACAGGGACUAUAAGGUGUGUGAGACAUAUCCCAGAGAUUUAUACGUACCCAUUACGGCCAGUAAACCCAUCAUUGUCGGAAGCUCUAAGUUCAGAAGCAAAGGCCGCUUUCCUGUCCUCACGUAUUUUUACCAGGAGAAGAAGGCGGCAGUUUGUCGGUGCAGUCAGCCUCUCUCUGGCUUCAGCGCUCGCUGUUUGGAAGAUGAGCACAUGCUGCAGGCCAUCAGUAAGGCCAAUCACAACAAUCGAUGCAUUUAUGUGAUGGACACGCGGCCUAAGUUGAACGCGCUGGCGAACCGUGCGGCUGGGAAAGGCUAUGAGAACGAGGACAACUACUCUAACAUCCGCUUCCAGUUUGUGGGCAUUGAGAACAUCCAUGUGAUGAGAGGAAGUUUGCAGAAGCUCCUGGAAGUGGUAGGAACACGAUCCCUGUCUAUGACAGAUUACAUGGUUGGAUUGGAAAACAGCGGAUGGUUGCGUCAUAUCAAAGCCAUCAUGGAUGCAGCCAUAUUCCUCGCCAAGGCUGUAACUGUAGAGGGCGCCAGUGUUCUAGUGCACUGCUCGGACGGAUGGGACCGUACGGCUCAGGUCUGCGCACUGGGCUCUCUGUUGAUGGAUCCUUACUAUCGCACUAUUAAAGGCUUUAUGGUACUUAUUGAGAAAGACUGGAUCUCUUUCGGACACAAGUUUGCAGACAGGUGCGAUCAGUUGAACGGUGACUCUAAAGAGGUGUCGCCCAUCUUUACCCAGUUUCUGGAGUGCGUGUGGCACCUGACUGAACAGUUUCCUCAGGCCUUCGAGUUUAGCGAGUGGUUCCUCAUUCAGAUCCACGAGCAUGUGCACUCGUGCCAGUUCGGUAACUUUCUCAGAAACAGUCAGCGGCAGAGAGAGGACCUGCAGUUGAGGGAAAGAACAUAUUCUCUAUGGGCUCACCUGCUAAGUGAGAAGCAGAACUACCUGAACCCCAUAUACAGCUCGAGCUUUGAGGAAUCACACCCGGUUUUGGUUCCUUCCACCCAAGCCUACCACUUCAAGUUUUGGAGAAACAUGUACCACCAGUAUGACCGCUCCAUGCACCCUCGACAGUCCAUUCUCAAACACAUCCUCACCUUGAAAGAAAGCAACCGAGAACUCGAGGGUACAGUGCGAGCCUUGAAGGCUAAGCUCCAGAAGUUCGGGGUGAGCACGUCUCCACUAAAGCCCCAAACGCCUCCAAGAGAGCGCAGUCUCCCUCCCCGACCUCAGUCUCUCAUCCUGGGAGCGCCUGUUCUCAGUAGGAAAGAGGUGCAGCGGGAGGAAGACGAGGAGGUGUUUGCUGAGGAGGCCAGGGAGGAUGUUCCGAUCAGUACUGGCGGGGAACGGACUGUAGAGGGCAGCAGUGCCACAGAGAAUGGCUACAUGGAGCUGCCGGGAUCAUUUGGUUCUAAGAGUGAGCCGGCAGUGGUCACCUUGGAGUUCGGAGUGGCCAGGAUGACCUGCUAAGGACAAAACUUUGGAAAACAAAGAAUCUCGGAGGACUGGGAAAAAAUUACGAUUUGUAUAUUCGGUUGAAGAAAGGUGAAGUUAGUUGCUAGCGUGUGCGUGAUUACUCUAUGAUGGGACUGCACUUGCGUGAGCUCUACAUAUACGAUAUCUAAAGAGGAAAAGAAAUUGAGAGAUGGAUCCUUUCAUGUAAAUUCAUUGUUAUAUCCGUCUAUUGAAAUGUUAUAUAUGUCAUCUACAUUUAGAACAGCUUCUUUUUUGUUGUUUUUCUUUGCUAAGUUUUUUAAAGAUGUUAAUAGCACUAAAAAGAACAAUUAAACCAAGAGGAAAACCA